UACACUGAAAAAAAUGAACACCAACUAAGAUGCAUUUUCUCUUAGUUGGCAUCAAAAUGUUUAGAAUAAUUAUUUAGUUUGUUACUUGAAACAAUAAAGCUUAGUUACCAGAACGAAUUCAUUUUAUUUAUGUCGACAAUUUUGCACAUGAACAGUAUAUCUAACUGACUUUGUUACAUCAUACAUGCUUUGUUCGAUUUUACUACUCCACUUUUAUAAAUCAAAUAAUAAUUUUAGUUCACGAUAACAAGCAACUUGUUAGCAAUAUAUAUAAAAUAUAGUAAUUUUUAACAACGAGCAUAGUUGACUAGAUAGCCUGCAUAGUUAAAUCAAACAAGAGAAGUGGUUGCAUCUAAUAACGCUUUGUUGUGUCAACAACACGCAGUGGCCGGCCGUCCCGCCAAAAACUUGUCAAACUUGUCAUUCUCAACUCAACUCAUACCGACGGUUACAGACGUGUAUAGGAAGACUACCGUGAAUUUCUUUUGCUUAACUAGUGAGUGAUAAAUAUGGACGAAGUGGCAGAGUUAUUAAAAACGUGGGAACUGCCUGAUCUCAUCCCAAAAUUUUCAGAGCAGGCAAUCAAUAUUCAGGCCUUAUCAGCGUUGACCCCUGAUGAUGUCAAGGAUAUUAUCCCUCAAACAGGGCCAAGGGUGCUGUUCAUGAGGUGCUGGAAAGCUUGGAAGGCAGAAUUUUUAUGCAUCAAUAGUUCUUUACCCAAUCUAGAUUUAUCAGAUUUGGAAUUUGGACGAGACCCGGUUAUUAACAUUUCUCUUGCGGAAGAAAAAGAAAAUGUGCCUACAAGUAAUGUUGAAAAUUUCAUAAUUGUAAAUGAAAAUGUGCCCCCAAAUAGUGGUGAAAUUGAACAAGGAACACAGAGUGGAUUACUUGAAAGAAUAUUACUUAAGUCACUUGAACCUUGGAGCCUGGUGGAAAUAAAAUGGAAAAAUACAUUUAAAUACCGAAUUACACUUCUUCAUAAAAACCACAAUGAUCAGACCUUGGAAUCAUACAUGAACGAGUAUCCAGCACUAAGAAAACCCCUAGGUUAUACUCUGUUGAACAUUGACUUUGAGGCAGCCUAUAGAGACCAAACAAAUAAUUUGUUUGUUUAUUUUCCUGUGGCAAAAAUUAAAAUCUUAGAUUUGUUACGAAAGAGAAAAACUAAAGAUAACAUCACCCAGGAGCUAAUUUCCGUAGCUGACUCCCCUAAGGAAGAAGAUAAAAAUCUUGCAGCAUUUUUGGCAAUUCCCCAUCUUUUGAACACUACACCUAUAAACCGGAAGAGGAAACAAAAAAAACCUAGCUGCAGCUGGAAACCAUCUAAGGUACAAACGCGGGAUGCUUUCAUCAAACAUUUAAGAUCUGACGCUGAAAUCAGUCAGUCUAUUGAGCUUCGGCUAAAAACAUUGGAGAAUAAAGGCGCAACAUCACAGCCGUACAUAAUUAUUGUUGGCGAGUCAUUAAAUGAAAUCAAAACAUACUUGGUAGUUGUCAACAAAUUGGUUAUAUAUCACAGGGUAAAUAUUAUACAAGCUGUCGACAGUGUAAAGUUCCAAAACAAGUUAUGAAAACGCAAUGUUUCGAAAACAAAGAGUUUUUACGUACAUUAUCUAAUUACGAAUCAGAUCUUCGUCUCGGUAAUCCUUCAGAGACAGGUAUUAAAGAAAAAUGUGUUUGGUUUGGCAUAAAGGAUUUCGAUUUAUUCAAUCAGAUAGGUGUCGACUGCAUGCAUGAUAUUUUAGAAGGUGUUGCUAAGUAUGUGAUGCAAUUUAUACUUAUUCAAUACAUAAGAAAUUUCAAACUUUUCUCAUUGACUGUGCUCACUAUGCUCGACUUCGAUUAUGGUCCUGACUGUAGAAAUCAGCCAUGUACUUUGGCUAUGGAUCAUUUAGUUCACGGAAAUGUGCGUAUGACAGCGUCAGAGAUGCUAACUUUUUUGCGAUAUUUUGGUUUAUUAGUUGGCGAGUUUGUACCUAGAGAGGAUGAAACAUGGAAAUUGUAUAAAAAACUAAAAAUUGAAUUGGAUAUAGUUUUAUCUACAGCUUUUGCUAAAGGGACUGAAGGACAGUUACAGACCGCAGUAACGGAGCUUAACACUAUGUAUUUAUCACUUACCAAAGAUUCAUUGAAACCAAAGUUCCAAAAUUUAGUUCACUAUCACACUGCUUUAGAAAAAUAUGGGCCUAUCAUUUCCUUGUGGUCAAUGCGAUUUGAAGCCAAACAUCGAAUAUUUAAAAUGGCUUCAAAUGCUUCAUGUAACAGAAGGAACAUUACAUUAUCAUUAGCUAUGAAACACCAAUUACAACUAAACGAUUUUUUUUAAAGGCGUAUUGCCCGUCAUUCUCAGAACUGGUCCUGUUUCUCGUGUAACUCUUGGUAAAUCUUCUAAUGAACAAUUCAUACGAUCUAGUUUAGUAAUAUGUCAAAGGAAGUCACUUGUACAAGUUCUUGGGCCACCGUAUCUACUACACGCUAUGCCAAAGGUACUAUUUUAGUUUAUGACACCAGCCCUGAUGAUUUACUACCUGUAUUUUUUAAAGUGCAAAAUGUUUUUUGUAUGAUUCUAAUAGUUUGAUUCUUAUGGGGCAAUUAUUGCAAACAUUAGAAUUUGAUGAACAUUUUUUCGCUUAUGUUGUUCAAGAACCUGAAGCUAAACAAAAUGUUGUUAAAUUUCUUAAUUCUUUUUCGCAUCCUAUACCGUGCAAUAUAAAUAUUCUAAGCAAUUCAAAAAAAUAUGUAACUCUUAGAAACACCUUAUAAUAAGUUUUUUUUUAUGUUAUGUAGCAUUAAUAAAAUUCUAGUAAA